AUGCCUCUUUCCGGACACUGUCUCUGCAAGGCUGUCACGUACACCGUGGACAUUGAACAGCCUUUGGUCACUGCCUAUGACCACUGCGAUGACUGCCAGCGCCAGAGUGGCUCAACCUACUGUAAGUGUCUUCAACAAGAUGCGACAGCAGAACUAACCCGAAUAGCCCUGGUUGCGGUCGUCCCCAAGGACAAGUUGACCAUCAACGGCCCCACCAAGAGCUGGGCUGGCAAGGGCUCCUCCGGCCACGCGGUCCACCGCAUCUUCUGCUCCGAGUGUGGCUCGCCGAUCGCCCACGACCCCGAUGCCGCGCCCGAGAUCAUCGCCCUCAAGGCCGGUACCCUGGACACGGAGAUUAAGAAGACUCUGAAGCCCAACACUGAGAUCUGGACUGUCAGCAAACUGCCCUUCUGCCAGGAGCAGCUCGAACACCCCUUCGAGCACAUGCCGGGUCCUUAG